AUGGACACAGAGAUGGAUAUGGGUAUAGAGCUGCCGGCGUAUAGCGUGCAUAGCGUGGAUAGUGUGCAUAGUGUGCAUAGUGUGGAUAGUGCGGAUAGUUUGGAGUGUGCGGAAGAGCUGCCCGGGUACUCGCCUGCUGUUGAGAAGUUUGUGAGGGCUAAGUUCAAGCUGGAGUGGGAGUCGCCGACACAGGUGUCGCGAGACCCCUGCUGGUACGAUGUGGUGCUGCAUAUCAAUUCGACGCAGCUGAACCUGUACUUGCCGAGGUGUCCCAAGAGCAGGCCCGCAAGCAAGAGUCUGAGCUACGUGAGUGCCAAGCCCAGUGUGAGCGGUGUGCGGAGGCUGUCGGAGCGGUUUACCAGGUUUAAGAAGAAUUAUCUGCCGGCGUUCGAGCCGCUGGAUUUCCACCCGACGCCCGCGGGAUUCACAAACUCUUAUCAAAACAUGCCGCAGGAUGCCCUCGGUGCUAGGAAGAAGAGGUCGAACCAGUACGACUUCAUAUACGAUACAAACUACGAGGAGUACUGCUCAGAGACUUGCGACUCGAUGGACGUGAGCACGGGGUUCGUACCUUUCAAGAGCUACUCUUUGCAAGGCGCAAAAGUCGGAAUGCCCACUUCCGAGUCCCGGAAGAAAGUGUACAUAGAUGAAGAGAACGUUUACAAGGACGCCUACUUAGUGUGCCUGCGUCUGCGGAUGGAGGACCAGCAGUUUCUCGUCCAGUUCGAGCACAUAGAUGACAUGAUCAUGUGGUCGAUGUACUUGAGCAUGGGCAUAAAUGUGUCAAAGGACCUCUACGACAGAGAAUACCCAAACUACAGAAUCGUGCCCAGAAGGCGCAGAAGAAGACAUAGUGGGCACAGUAGGAGACGCUUCAGCUCUAGAAGAAGACACAGUUCGGGGAGAACACCUGUAAGAAACACGGAAGGCCCAUCAUCGUCAACUAGAAGACGGGCUAAUUCGUUCUUGAAGCACUUCACAGGUGCAAAAUCAGCUUCUGAACCCUUACAGAUCGAUUUCAAAAAUCCAUUCACAUCCGAACAGCAGCCAGAUGCCGCAUUAGUGAGGCAAAAAUCUCACCAUGAGCCUCCAGAAAGGACGCCCGCCUCUGAUCAAAGUAGAAGUGAGAGUUCUGCUCAUGGAGAUAUUACGCCAAACAACUCAAUAUCAAGAUCAACUACAACCUCGUUGCACGAUAACGAGUCUGAUGUGAUGGACGGGUUAAACAACCUCACCAGGUCGCCUUCAGAAUGCCUUUCAUUAUAUGAGACUCUCACAGCGAACUCAUCAUUCUGCGAAUAUGACCUCGAUAAACCACAUGCAAAAUUGGCUAGGAUCAAUUACAAUUUCGACUAUUGGUCCCCUCUACAGUUUGGUAGCUCUCUGUCGUCAACGUCUUCUCUUGGACUCAGCAAUUCCAUGGAUUGUUCAUUUGAUUCAAAUGAGUCAACAUAUCCUGAUGGUAUGAUUCCCGAGUUGAUCGAAUUAGAGGAGGAGAUUGAAGAGGAUGACGAGGACGAUAUCGAUAUUGAAGAUUACGGAUUAGAAGAGUUUGAAAUAUUUGAAGAAGGUGAAGAGCUGGAAACUGAUGACAUGAAUGAUUGUGACACUAAGUGGAACCCUGUCAAAAAAGAGCAAACAAGAAAACGCUAUAUAAGACACUCACUGCGGUGUAUCAGACCAUUAGCUCCUGAUGCUAAAUGGGAGGGAGAAACUAUUUACGUUAAAGCUGGUCUUCGUAAUAAGAUGUACAAUCCAUCACUUCUAAAGGAUAUCAAACCAUACCUAAUGGAAACAAAAAUAGUUGGAGCUAUGUCUACUUAG